AUGGUUCUACACAACCCCAACAACUGGCACUGGGUCAACAAGGACGUCUCAGCAUGGGCCAAGUCCUACUUUGACGAGAGCCUUACAAAGGUUCAGGCCGAGGAGGGUGAGGUCAAGGCCAAGAUUGAUAAGAUCCAGAGCAUGGAUGGCGACGUUGAUGUCAGCCAACGCAAGGGCAAGGUGAUUACCAUUUUUGACGUCAAGCUGGUGCUCCAAUACUCUGGAUCUGCUCCCGGUGAGGAUGAUGUUUCUGGUACCAUUACUGUGCCUGAGAUCGCCCACGACACGGAAGAAGACGAGUACGUGUUCGACGUAGACAUCUUUGCCGAGUCCAAGGAGAAGCAACCCGUGAAGGACCUUGUCCGAUCAAAGAUCGUGCCCCAGUUGCGCCAGGAAUUCCAGAAGCUUGCCGGCGCCCUCAUCGCCGAGCAUGGCAAGGAUAUCCAGCAUGCCCCCGGCUCCAACCCCUCGAGUGGUUUCUCGACUCCCAAGAUUCACCCUCAGAGCUCCACCCCUAAGCCUGCUGCCGCUUCCAGCACUCAAAGUAAGACCGGCGGUGUCGUAAACACCACUACCGUGACCGACAACGAGGAGUUCCGAACCACCGCUGAAGAGCUGUACCAAACCUUUGUCGACCCCCAACGAAUCGCUGCUUUCACACGAUCUCCUCCCAAGGUCUUCGAUGGCGCAAAGGUUGGCGGGAAGUUUGAGCUGUUUGGCGGCAAUGUGUCUGGCGAGUAUCUUGAGCUCGAGGAGCCUAAGAAGAUCACACAGAGCUGGCGACUGAACCAGUGGCCUGCCGGUCACUUCUCCAAGCUGCACAUCGAGUUUGACCAGAACGACGUCGACCACGUCACCGUUAUGCGAGUCAAGUGGGAGGGGGUUCCUAUCGGCCAGGAGGACGUUACCAAGCGUAACUGGCUCGAGUACUACGUCAAGAGCAUCAAGCAGACUUUCGGCUUCGGCACAAUUUUGUAA